GCACCUGAAGCCUGAGUUCCUGAAAGUGAACCCCCUGGGGAAGGUGCCUGCCCUCAGAGAUGGCGACUUCCUACUAGCAGAGAGCCCAGUCUCUCCUGCCCCACUUCUUGGGGCAGCCUGUGGAUGCUGCACAGCUGGAGCCGCUGUUGGGGAGGCUGAUGCCAGCCCUGCAGCACCUGGAUGGGGAGGUGCUGGUGGCCAAGCCCUUCCUGGCAAUGGAGCAGAUCUCCCUGGAAGACUUGGUGUUGAUGGAGGUGAUGCAGCCCACUGCUGUUGGCUGCGACCUCUUCCAAGACUGGCCCCAGCUGGCAGUGUGGCGGGCCCGUGUGGCGGCUGCCCAUGGUACUGAGCUCUUCCUGGAGGCCCACAAGCUCAUACUCCAGCCUCUGAACCACAGUGAGUCUCAGCAGGACCCCCAGCUGGCCCAGAAGCAGGUGCAGUUGCUGCAGGAGUGGCUCCGCUGAGUGGGUGCAGCCCACUGCACUGCACCCUGCUGUCUGCAAUAAACAUACUGCAUGCUCUUCGCUUGUCUCCAGGCUUACUCUGUCACCAGAAAUGGGGUCAGUCCCAUUUCUGAGCCUAGACCUAUUAGAUCACAGCACAGAGUGAGUGGCACUCAGUCCUCUAUGUGGGGCUCUAGUUACCUUCCUGGGCCACGAGGUGCACAGUCUGGCCACUGCAGCCCCAACCCAGGCCAGGAAGUUUCCAGGCUCUUCUGUGAGGCACACACCGGCUGAGUGCCCCCUGACUUCCUGGUGGUGGUGUCACCAGUGCUCCUGAAGUUCGCAGUUUCCUGUGUCUCUUUCUCCCAAUUCCUUUCUAGUCAUAGUUCAGGCUCGAUUUACCUGUGGAUACUCCCAGUCUCUACUUCUAGAAUCCUCCAGGGAUAAUUCUCAUUGCCUCUUCCUCAUUCUGGACCCUGCAAAGCCCCUUUCGUCAGGUUCUGCAAUGAAAAUCCAGCCAUGGGAAUUCCUAGGCAUAAUCCCUUCUCAAACAGGUGUCUGUGAGGUGGCGCCACAGGACACAGACAUAUGUGAGGGGAGAGAGUAGGGUCACAGCUGCCACACCUUUGCCAUGGGCCUCUGCCAGCCUACUCCUGGGCCUCCUUAGAAUCCUUGCUGCUGUGAGAAUUGCAGGCUUCCUGGCCUUAUGACAACACAAAGGGAAACAAGAGGUUUCCCUGGGGAACACAGGAUCCUGGGCCCAGAUCAGAGAUGGCACAGGGCCAGGGACUCUGGCCAGACAUAGGCCCAGGUCUGUAGCUGGCCAGCUGCAGCUGUGGGGCCUGGCAUGUGUCUCAACAUGGCCCUGGAGCUCUACAUGGACCUGCUGUCAGCACCCUGCCGUGCCGUUUACAUCUUCUCAAAGAAGCAUGACAUCCGGUUCAACUUUCAGUUUGUGGAUCUGCUGAAAGGUCACCACCACAGCAAAGGAUACAUUGACAUCAACCCCCUCAAGAAGCUGCCCAGCCUCAAAGAUGGGAAAUUUAUCUUAAGUGAAAGCGUGGCCAUCCUCUACUACCUGUGUCGCAAGUACAGCGCACCAUCACACUGGUACCCGCCAGACCUGCACGUACGUGCCAGUGUGGAUGAGUUCAUGGCUUGGCAACACACAGCCUUUCAGCUGCCCAUGAAGAAGAUAGUCUGGCUCAAGUUGCUGAUCCCAAAGAUAACAGGGGAGGAAGUUUCAGCUGAGAAGAUGGAGCAUGCAGUGGAAGAGGUGAAGAACAGCCUGCAGCUCUUUGAGGAGAAGUUUCUGCAGGAUAAGAUGUUCAUCACCGGGGACCACAUCUCACUGGCUGACUUGGUGGCCGUGGUGGAGAUGAUGCAGCCCAUGGCAGCCAACUAUAAUGUCUUCCUCAACAGCUCCAAGCUAGCUGAGUGGCGUAUGCGGGUAGAGCUGAAUAUCGGCUCUGGCCUCUUUAGGGAGGCCCAUGAUCGACUAAUGCAGUUGGCCGACUGGGACUUUUCAACAUUGGAUCCAAUGGUCACGAAGAAAAUCUAUGAAGACUAGAAAGGAACUUCCUCAGCCUGACAAAGAGCAUCUAUGAAAAACCUAUAAACACCAUGCUUCAUUCCUUGUGAAAGAUCGAGUGUUUCCCCUCAAGAUCAAGAGCAGGACAAGAAUCUUCAUUCACACUACUUCUAUUUAUUAGGGCAAUUAGGCAAGAAAAAGGAACAAGGUGGAAUCCAGAUCAGAAAGAAAGAAGUAAAACUAUCUUUAGUCACAGAUGACAUUAUAGGAACUCCUAAGGAACUCACUUAAAAACCAUUAGAACUAAUAAGCAAGUUCAGCAAGGUUGCAGGAUACAAGAUUAAUACACAAAAAUCAAUAGUAUACAUUUGCAGUAAAGGAUCAAAAACAAAAUUAAAACAACACUUUCAUUUACAAUAGCACCAAAAAGAAUAAAAUACUUAGAAUAAAUUUAACCAAAGAAAAGCAACACUUCAACACAGCAAACUACAAUGUGCUAUUGAAAGAAAUUGAAGAAGCACCACCAAGCAAUCUGACCUGAGCAAGCAUGCAGGUUCAACAGAAUGAGUCCUGCUCUUCAGCAAGCACCCAUCUUGUGUUCAAGCUGGGUCUGUGAGGCAAGUCUGGCAACAUAGAGAUGGACACGCAACCAAAUCUGGAAUGCAGAUAAGGCCAAGGGAAGGUGGAUCAAUCACUGGAAACAUUCAACAAUCCAUGGAAGAAAUGUUAAAAAUAGAAUCUCAGGGUCUAAUGAAGUUGGAAUAUCUCUCUUCUAGGUAUUUCUGUUGAAAACUGUUGAAUAAUUGGAUAAAGUAACAGAUAAGUAUAGGGGAUUAUUAGGUAGCAAUAAAUGUGUAAUAAAUGUAAAAAGAGGGGCAAGUGCAUACAAGGAAGUGGACGCUACUGGGUUUCUGUUGAAUUGUUCAUGGAAGACCAUCAGCAGUUCAAGUCAAAAAGCUUGUCUUGAGGGACUGUGCCAGGCUCUGCAGCUACAAACAUCAUGGAGGAAGGUGUCUGCCCAUUAGAAGCCCAGAGCCCAGAGGGACAGACUAGAGCAAAUCCUCUCCGUCAUUGGAGCUAGAUGGGAAAACAAAACUAUCUGAUAACUAACAUGCAAUUUUACUUCUCUUACCUUGUUUAAUCCUCACAACCACCUUGAUGAGUAGUAGUAUUAUCCCCAUUUUGUAGAUGAAGAAACAAGUUCUUCAAGGGGAAGGGAUCCUCAGAGUAGCAUAUGAAUGAGAGGCAGAAUCAGAGUCAGGACCUAUAUCUUGUCUUCUCCUUCCUAAAACUAGAAAAGUACCCACGACCAGGCAGUGUUUUUGGUGCAGAGGAAGCAGUAGUGAACAAAAUACACAAAAAUCUCUACCUUUAGUGCUCACAUUAUUGUGGAGGAAGACAAACAAUAAUCCCAGUAGAGAAAUUAGAAUGUUUUGCUAAAAAGUCCUUAGGUGGGGUGUCAUGAUGUUGGUAUCUUAUGUUCAAAAAACAGUAAGUUGAAACUGG